CAAUUCAGACUAGACAAUUGAUUAUAUCUGAUCCUGAUGAUGAUACUGCUGAUUCUAUAUCUGUAGAUCCUAAUUUAUCAUCAGUUAAUACUCUGUUAGAAGAUGAAAGAAGACCAUUGUUAAAUACAGAUCAAAAAUUACCAGCAUACGUAGACAGCACAGUAUCUGUAGAAUAUCAACCAUAUAGUUCAAUAUCUCAUUUCUUUAGUUCUCUUAAUCCUAUUGAUAGUGCUGCCUGGCAGAAAUCAUCUUGCUUUGGUAAAAUAUAUCAUAUAUUUAAGAGUCCAGCGGUAUUUAUGUUAAAGUUAACUAUACCAGUUGUAGAUUAUGAUGUAGAAAAUCAUAACUGGUGUCGAUAUUUAAAUGCUCUCCAUCUUACCACUGGUCCUAUGUUUGCUAUAUUUUCUACUAAAUGUAAUCAGUUGAUUAAAGAAUACAACUCAGUAAUCUCAAUCUGUUUAACUAAAAUAAAAUUGAUAGUGAGUUGUAUUAAAUUCUACUCAGGAUAA